AUGGCGCUCCGGGGCCCGCGCCCAGCUGUCAUCCCAGAGGACCAGGAGGUCCCCCCAGCGGCCCGUAACGGGGAGCCACGGGGUCUCGGCAGCCAGGAUGAGAGGGCAGAGUCCAGGCUGCAGCGCCGGCACAGCGAUGUCAGGGUCUACAAGGAGUUCUGUGACUUUUACGCCAAAUUCAACAUGGCCAACGCCCUGGCCAACGCCAGCUGCGAGCGCUGCCGGGGCGGCUUUGCGCCCGCUGAGAAGAUUGUCAACAGCAAUGGCGAGCUCUACCAUGAGCAGUGCUUCGUGUGCGCCCAGUGCUUCCAGCAGUUCCCAGAGGGCCUCUUCUAUGAGUUUGAAGGAAGGAAGUACUGUGAACAUGACUUCCAGAUGCUCUUUGCUCCUUGCUGUCAUCAGUGUGGUGAAUUCAUCAUCGGCCGGGUGAUCAAAGCCAUGAACAACAGCUGGCACCCCGAGUGCUUCCGCUGCGACCUCUGCCAGGAGGUCCUGGCUGACAUCGGUUUCGUCAAGAACGCCGGGAGGCACCUGUGUCGCCCCUGUCAUAACCGGGAGAAAGCCCGGGGCCUCGGCAAAUACAUCUGCCAGAAGUGCCAUGCCAUCAUCGACGAGCAGCCCCUGAUAUUCAAGAAUGACCCCUACCAUCCAGACCACUUCAACUGCGCCAACUGUGGGAAGGAGCUGACCGCUGACGCCCGGGAGCUCAAGGGGGAGCUGUACUGCCUGCCAUGCCACGACAAGAUGGGGGUGCCCAUCUGUGGUGCCUGCCGCCGGCCCAUCGAGGGGCGUGUGGUGAACGCCAUGGGCAAGCAGUGGCACGUGGAGCAUUUUGUUUGUGCUAAGUGUGAGAAGCCAUUCCUUGGACAUCGCCAUUACGAGAGGAAGGGCCUGGCGUACUGUGAAACCCACUACAACCAGCUAUUUGGUGAUGUUUGUUUCCACUGCAACCGUGUUAUAGAAGGCGAUGUGGUCUCCGCGCUCAACAAGGCCUGGUGCGUGCACUGUUUUGCCUGCUCCACCUGCAGCGCCAAGCUGACACUCAAGAAUAAAUUUGUGGAGUUUGACAUGAAGCCAGUCUGUAAGAAGUGCUAUGAGAAAUUUCCGUUGGAGCUGAAGAAAAGACUUAAGAAGCUAGCUGAGACCUUAGGAAGAAAAUAACUUCCUUUAUUUUUUCUCUUCUAUGCAAAGAUGAGAUCACAACAUUACCUGACCUGAUGCACCCUGUCUUAAAGUUGUGUCUCAAAAUAGUUGAGAGCGAAGAGGACCUAUUGAAUGGUGUUCUUUAUCUCCUUUUUCUCAUUAAAGAGAAAAAAAGUUUCUGUCUUUAAAACAUGGAUGAAAUCAAGAUUUGCCUUUGUUAAUAACCCUUAUAAGUUUGUUGAAAUGUAGAUGAUACAUAAUAGAAAAAAAAAUGCUUAAAUGUUAAAUUUUAAUUAAGGUCCAAAAUAUUAAAUAUAACUUUUAAAAAUGAGUCAGUUUUUACAUGACUUAGAUAAAAAAAAUAUAAACAUUAGUUCUUUGUAUUCUAAAGAAAAUUAAUUAUAACUGCAGUUGGGGAGGAUAUAAAAAAGAAAACCAUAUCUCACAGAAUCUUAGUGUGUUUAUCAAACUAGUGACUGUAAAAUAAAUAUACACAUUACUCAGAUAAGAAACAAGUGUAUUCAGAACUACUUGAUUUGGGGACUUCUAUUGUUAUGGUUAAAUGCAAUAAUUAUUAAGCUUAGUUUUAAUUUUUGUUCUCCUUUGUGAACUUCUUUAUACAGUUACUUAACAUAGUAGUUAUAGCUAGCUAAUAGUAUUCUUUUUAAAAUUUUGUUAAAAAAAAUUUAUACUAGGUAUUUGAAAAUACAGUAUACUUUACAAUAUUGGAAAAAUGAAGUAUUUUUUCAUGUAUUACAGCAAUUAUACUUUGAAGCUUAAGGUCACAGAUGCAGUCUUAGAAUAGGACAUGAAAUUAAAUGUUAAGUAGUUUGGAAUGUAUCACUUAAAAAACGUGAAUGUUCAUGUACUGAUCAUAUUGCCUUUAUAACCAUGCUAAUAUCUAUGCUUUAUAUAUAAAUAAACUUGCCUUGCCUUAGAAAAAUACGUACAUUAAUCAGGAAUUCUAGCUGUUUCAUACCUUACAAACUUAAAACAAGUGCAUUGAAUGAGAUUUGUAAACACAAAUUCAUUUACCACAGCUAUGAUUAUAUUAAAAUUUUUUUCUUCUUUUCAGGGAAACACAUUGAAAUUAAUUUGUGAUCUUAAUUAGAAGAUAAUUAUGUUGAUAUGUGUUUCAAGUUUUUCAUUGCAAAUCUUAUAAUUAUAUUUUAUUUACUGUAUGUAGGAGGUAUAAGUAACACUUAAAAUUGGAAGAGUGGUGUUUAAGUGUCAGCUUUAAGCCAGAAGUAGUGAAUUAUUUUAUUUUGCAAAGUUUUAUCUUAAAGUUUCUGGAUGUCUUUCUCCAUAAACCUAUAUGCAAAGAGAAUUGUGAACAUUUUUUAAAUGUUGCUGCUACUAUGUUAUCAUGUAAAAGAAAGUUGCAAAGAUGGGCUUCUAAGGGGAAAAUUAUUGGUUUUUUCAAAAAAAUUGCUGAAAUGUUAUUUUUCCAUAAAAAAAAAAAAAAUCUCAGGAUGCUACCGGUCUGCCAUUAAGAUAUUUGUAUGCAUGUAUUUUUAAAUACUUGUGCAUGCACUUUACAGUAAAUUGUAUUUCAGUUUUUAGUUCAUUUAUAACCAAUUAAUUUUUUUUAGUGCUCUUUUAGAGUUCAAAGAAUGAUCAGUGGUAGAAAAUAAUAUAUACUUUAAGACUGUGCUCAGAAGUCUGAACAGUCUUUGCAUUUGACAGCAAGAAUCAAAUUCCCUUCAGUGUGCCUUUGUCAGCUAAUACAUGACCAGCAACAAAAAUCUUUAAAGUAUUUAUUAAAUACUGUACUGUGGAUACAGUGCAGGAUCUGCAGUCUAGGGUCUUGAUGCGAAAUUCCUGAAUGCUCCCACACAGGAAAUCCGGAGCAGAAAGCACCCACUUACCUGUGUUUCUAGUCACUGGGAAGAGGCAUGGGCUGAAUCACUACAGGGUUCAUGUUUCUCCCGUGCCCAGAGGUCCUGCUGCUCACCCCUCUCGUAAAAUAUGAGUUUGUAAUUCCUGCAAGCUUGCCCCUUGAAGCCUCCAAGGCCAUGGGGUGUUUUAUCCAGACACACACUCCUUGCUCCCUGCAGGGGAUCAGUGAGCCCUCACUCUCACCAGGAGUAAGGAGUAAAGGGUUGUCAGUGGAUGAGAGGAUGGAUUUGCUUAAUUUCACAUGGCUUCCUCCCAAAAGGGAGAAGCUCAGGCUAAUGAACAAAUCUUUGCUUAAAUACUACAAGGCAUUUGAAAUAAUUCAUUGUUUACCACAUUUCUAAGUGCUCUUUUCUUUAUCAAGCCUAAUAUAAUUGGGAAAAUGUCUGGGUACGAGUCAAACAUUCUUUACAUCUUAUUAACAUUGUAACUGAUGGUAGGUCAUUUUGCCUUAUUUGUUUGCCAAAACAGCAAUUUCUAAAUUAAGGAAAUUUUGAAGUUGGCUUACAGCAUUGUUGUAUUUCAUUUUCGAUUGUAAGCUCAAUGGCAAGGACACUAUGUCAAUAAUUGUGUUUUUACAUAGCAACCAGUGCAGUAUACUCUUGGUGCUUAAUAAAUGUUCAUAAUUGUUAAGAAUAA